AUGAGAUAUCUCACUAGCCGCAACCUUCCAUGGCCCAUGUUGAGCAACAGGCUAACCAGCACGGCCGUAGUCUCGGUCAAAUCACCACCUCGGCCUUCGUCACCUGCGACCCGGUGGUCACGUCGACAAACCUCUACACGACGACGGCCAUCGCAGCUAGCCCCACCACCUCACCAAGGUCAUUCCCUCCCUGCUUCGCCGAGACCACCAUCUACUGCGAGCCCUGCGCGCAGAAGAUCAUCCCCAUCAUCUGCCCCGACCGCCAACGUCGUUAUCAACGGCAACGGUGUCACGGACGCCGCCAACCCCGUCAUCACCGGCGCCGGUGACGGUGCUAAUCACCAGCACGGAGGUGGACAGACUGGCGGCGGCUCCAACCCCGGUGGAAACGGUCAGAACAACAACCCUAACGGUGCCCCCUCCGGAAGCGCGGGCCAGGCUCCUGGAUACGGUGUCUACGGCAGCUACGGCUCUUACGGCCAGGGUGCAUCUGCACAGCCCGGCCAGUCUGAAGUUAUCGGUGCUCCUGCUCCUGGCCAGCCUGGCGCUGCUGGUGCUGGUGGCCAACCCGGUGGCCAGCCCGGCCAAUCUGCUGUUCCCGGCGCCCCGUGA